AUGGCGCGUUCACUACCGCGGCCCAUUGACACGCCAGUGAAUGUCACCAUCAUGCUUCCCAUCCCGCUCAUCCUCGUCCUCGUUGCUGUGGUCUCCGUCCACAUCGACUGCCCCAAGUAUUACAACUGCAGCGGCUUCCAGGAGGGCGCGCACACUCAGCAGGAGCGCUUCCAGACCAUAUCGGCGGUCCUCAUCCCAACCGGCCGGGUGGACAUGAUACCCGAGACCGCAGAAUAG